GAAUACCAAUUUGGAGUUGUUUCUAUUCACUCCGGCUCUAAAUUCCAAUACGCUGCCAUCAAAAAAGUUGAUUCCCAUCCUCAUGUCUUCUCCGUUGGAGGUGAUGAAGGUAAAGACGUCACUUUAACCUUAAGAGCUGAUGGUACCUUAUACGACCAAGAUCAAAAAGGAAUCUACGUCGACCCAAAAACUGGUGAAUUGGGUAACGUUGCUCCUUUCGGUCGUCAAGCUCCUUCUAAAGGUUUCAAAAUUGUCAACGGUCACUUAACUUACCAAGGUAAAGAUAACUGGUCUGCAUGUCCAUCUGGUGAUAACAAAUUCUCCUUGGCUAACAAUGGCUGUACUGGUGGUACUGGUAUUGCUUUAGAAGUUGUUAACGAACGUACUCUUUAA